AUGACGAUAUCUGAAACGGAUCGUGAAAAAAUCGAUGAGCUAAGGAACAUAGUAAAAUACCACAUCACCCCUUACUACGAUACCGACUACAAUCUCUUGCGAUGGCUCAAAGGUCAUGACUACAACCUCGAGAUAAUCACUCCUAAACUAAUUAAUCAUUUAAUGUUACGGAAGAUGUGGGAUCUAGACACCUUGGCUGACAAACCGAGGGAUCACAUCAUUCACAAGCAUUGGAAGAGCGGUCUAACUGGAGAAGCUGUGAAAACGCCGAAUUGUGUGGUGAAUAUUGAACAAACUGGAGGAAAUGAUUAUUGGGGGACUGUUAAGCACAUAUCCGAUCAAUGUGAUACUCCGGUAAGAUAUUCGUCUUUUUCAAAAUCAAUACUAAAUGGUAGAAGUGAAAAAUUCACAUAUACUUGUCAACCAAUAGAACUUGUGCUUAUUUGUUCAACUUUAUAG